AGAUGUAGUUUAUUCAUAUUUCUAUCAGAUCAAAUCAACGUAUUUAUAUACGUCGUAUUCAAACCGUACCUCGGCGUCCCAUGCAUCCUACCAUUUUUUUUUCUUGUUUGGAACUUCGCUUCGACUCUUGCUUUGCAUUUGGAUGGGUUUCCAUAUGACCACAUGAUAUUCCCAAACAAAAACUUGGUACUAAAGAGCAAAAACUCCAUGAAGCAAGGUUAAGAGGAAAUCAUGGAUUCUAAAGCAACUGCAGCUACAAAAAAGUCAAUAAUUCUUAAGCCUAAACAUGCUGGUGAUGUUAAAGUUGUUCAGAUGAAACACUGUUUUCCAUGGUGUGAUGGAAAGGACCUUGAUGAACCACCAACUUCUGCUGAGGCUUUUAGAGUCUCAAAGAAAAGGAGAUUUGUAUCAAUCAGCAGUAUGAAAGACAAAGAGAUAGAAGAGCACUGCCAGUCACGAAAAAGAAGGCAAUCAGUCAAACUUACAGGGACAAUAAAAUUUACAAUUCCACUGAUAAGGAAUUUGGUAGGAAGACACACUUCAAGUAACAGUGAAAAAAAUGUUCUCUCCAUGCAGGGAAGGAAUCAGAGAACUACAGAGGAAAUAAAGACCUUGCAAUUUAAGGUGCUUGGUACAUUAGCAGAGUCUAUGGAAGUAGAGCCAGCAAGAAUGCACUCUGGGGAAUUUUCAUUUAAUGACCCAAAGACUUCUCAGCAACAUCAUACAUUUAAUUCUGAUGUCCAAGAUUGUAUUCUAAAUGUAGAAAGAUCAGAAGACUCCAGUAAACCUUCAAGAAUUGACAAGCAUAAAGCUUUACAGUUUUUAUCCACUCUGCAGGAAUUUGAUAAAAACAGUAUAGAAUGUAAGUCUUUAUUUGAGACCUACCAAUUUAACAAGGUGGAGAACUCCAUUGUUGAGGAAAACUGAAAAUUGCAUGUCAAAAUAUUAAG